CUCUGAUCAAGCUCUUCCCCUCCAUUUCUUAUUCACGCCCGCCAUCUUCCGCCUCAUUAUUUUCCUUAUGAAUCUGCUGAGAAACACACAAGAAUGCCCUUGUGAUUUUGAUUUUGACUUGAGUCUGAGAAAUUCAUAGAAGAAAUCGGCAAAAGGUUGAAGAGUUUGUGGGGCGAAUAAUGGGAUGUUCUACAUCGAAACUCGACGACGAAGAAGCGGUUCAACUCUGUAAAGAUAGGAAGAGAUUCAUCAAGCAAGCUGUUGAGCAAAGAGCUAGGUUUGCCUCAGGACAUUUAGCUUAUAUUCAGUCUCUGAAAAAGGUCUCAGCUGCUCUACGUGAGUACAUUGAAGGAGAUCGUGAGCCUCAUGAUUUCUUAUUAGACUCCUUCAUAACACCAACUUUUACACCCCCUAUAAAGAAAACAAGUCCUGGUUUUAUCUCAAUUUCACCAAAGUCUUUUUCCCCGGCUCAAAUCCAAUCCCAAACCCCGAGUUCGACUCUUAAAGUGAACUACCUAAGAUCGGGUGGAAACCCCGCGGUUUCUGUCGAAGAAAGGCCUCAAUCACCAGAAACAGUUAGACUUGAAGCUUACUCUCCCCCAAUGCAAUACCAAUAUGGUUUUGAUGGGUAUUUUCCGAUGCAUUCCUCACCAAUGUAUCCUUCUUCUUUUUUUUCUUACUCCCCAAACAGGCCUAGUGCUAAUAUACCACCCCCUUCACCCCAAACCUCUCAAUGGGAUUUUUUUUGGAACCCCUUUUCUUCAUUGGACAACUAUGGCUAUCCGAAUCGAGCUAGUCUCGAACAGACGGUGAUGGAUGAUGACAUUCGAGGACUAAGGCAGCUUAGAGAAGAGGAAGGUAUUCCUGACUUAGAAGAUGAUAUUGAAAUAGACGAAUCCGAUAUCAAAAUGAGUAAUGUAACGCAUGAAAGAGCUAAAGUUGAUGUGGAUUGCUGCAAUAGAGAAGAAGUUAUUGUUGAGGAUGUUGAUGAAGACGAUGAGGAAGACGACGACGGGGAAGAGGAAGAGGAAGAAGGAGAAGAGGAAGUCACCGAAAAUGAAACUAGAGGAUUUCAACAAUCCCAUGGAAGUACAAGCAUUGAGGUAUCGCGGUCUCAAAUAGCGAGACAAGUUGACGCCACUAAUACUAAAGAAAUGGCUGUUGGUGAUCAAGAAGCUAGGGAUGAGACACCGGGAUUCACCGUUUAUGUCAACCGAAGGCCUACUAGCAUGGCGGAAGUAAUAAAGGAGCUAGAUGAUCAGUUCAUGGUUGUUUGCAGUGCAGCUAGUGAGGUCUCAGUUAUGUUAGAGGCUAGCAAAGCUCAGUACUCUUCACACUCCACUGAACUCACAGUGAAGAAAAUUUUGAACCCAGUAGCUCUGAUUCGCUCAGCUUCAUCUCGAUCAUCCUCAUCAAGAUUCUUAGCUAUUUCUUCAAGCUCCUCCAAAGAGGAACGUGAAGAAGAAAGCAGUAGCGACGUCCCGGAGGAAUGCAUGUUUUCAGGCAGUCACCAGUCAACAUUGGACAGAUUGUACGCCUGGGAGAAGAAACUCUACGAUGAAGUUCGGUCCGGCGAAAGGGUUAGAAUCGCGUAUGAGAAAAAAUGUAUGCAACUGAGGAACCAUGAUGUGAAGGGAGAUGACCCUUCUUCUGUGGAGAAAACGAGGGCAGCCAUACGAGAUCUGCAUACUCAGAUAAAGGUUUCGAUACACUCGGUUGAAGCCAUUUCGAAGAGGAUCGAGACUUUGAGAGAUGAGGAGUUGCAGCCUCAACUUUUAGAAUUGGUAAAAGGGUUAUCAAGAAUGUGGAAAGUAAUGGCGGAGUGUCAUCAGUCACAGAAGCGGACAUUAGACGAGGCCAAACUUUUACUAGCAGGCACACCAUCAAAACUCGAUGCAAGGAAGCACUCUUUCAUGUCGGUGUCUGAGCCACAAAGGGUGGCCCGUUCAGCUGCCAAUCUCGAGUCCGAGCUCAGGAACUGGAAAGCUUGCUUUGAGACAUGGAUCGCUUCUCAACGAUCCUAUGUCCACGCACUCUCAGGCUGGCUCCUCCGGUGUGUCCGGUCUGACCCAGACGUCUCCAAGCUUCCAUUCUCCCCCCAGAGGUCAUCUGGUGCGCUUCCCAUAUUUGGGCUCUGCAUACAGUGGUCUAGGUCCCUAGACGCAAUGAGGGAAGUACCCGUGCUAGACGGGUUGGACUUCUUUGCAGCUGGGAUGGGGUCACUCUAUGCACAGCAGCAGAGAGAAGACUCCAAAAGAUUUACUGUAGGAAUGGUUGAGGAAGACAGAGGGAAUGGCAUGGAAGUUGUGGAGGUUGGAAGAGAAGUGGAAGAUGUCAUGACCGCGGAGAAAAUGGCUGAGGUUGCCAUACGGGUGCUUUGUGCCGGAAUGUCAGUUGCCAUGAGCUCACUGACUGAGUUUUCUCUUAGUUCUGCCAAGGGGUACGCGGAGCUUGUUAGCCAAUGGGAAAGCGCCAAGUGGCCAAGCGACUCGGGCGGGGCUGGGGCAACGGCUGGGGUGUAGUCUUUUACACUUCAUCUGGAGUAGUUUAGAAAUGGGGUGUCAAUGUAAUUACACAAGAGUUUAACUUAUUUACAAAGAAGGUAGCAUAGAGUUUUUUGGUCCCUAACUUUAAUGUUUACUUUGACGCAAGUGGAAAAUGGCUAGAUAGUUUCCAUAUAUUCAAAAAGAAAAAGGAUAGAGAAGUGGUAGAAAGAAGCAUGGAAACAAAGUAAAAAAAAAAAAAAAACUUUCUGAUGUAGGAAAAUGGUUUCACACCGUGAAAAUCCAGAGUGU